GAGAGAGAGAGAGUAGGGGAGAGAGAAAGAGAAGCAGUGAGGGUGGAUAGCGCGCACAGUGGUGAUAACACUAUCUAUCUAUCUAUCUAUCUAUCCAAAUGACUAGCGUCGCUUUCACGCUCUCCACUCAUCACGCGCGUCCGUGAAGUGGUGUUUCAUUCCUCACUUUACUUGGUUAUUUUCGCGUCACUAAUUUAUCCGAGCUGUAAAAAGAUUGCGAGAACUAUCGAAGAGCUUCUUCAGCCAAUGUAGGACAUGGUUUUGCGCCACGGAAAUCUCGAUGUUUUAUCUUGCGUUUUAGUCUGCGCUCGGUCUCAUAACAAUGUAGAGAAAGUGCGCGGUGACCGCGAGCGCAGCGCACGGGCGAUGUUGACGCUGUCACCUUGCCGCCUGGUUCCCAUUGCUUCUUGACUUUUUUUUUUCUUCCAGUGGAGUAUAAUCAAGACGAACUUGUGAAUGUGAAAGAAGGCGGCAGUUGAGAAGCGACUGAGCCGUCCAGCUGCCCACGCUGCCGCUGGGUCGCUCUGCACAUCCGUGCGCACUUCUGAGGAGAAAAACGGCGAGCAACUAAAAAGGGGACAAGACGCGUCCUUGUUUUUCGUGAAUACUUCGCCCAGUCCUCGCUCUGGAGAGACGUGGAGCUAUUUCAAGCUGUCGGUUUCUCGGGAUAUAUAACAUUAGAAUGCUAGCAUCCGUAACAUUUGGAGUAAGGUGUCUAACUUAAGGUGACCAUAACGCUCGAGCGUCGACGUUUGUUGGAACGCAUAAAUGGACGAAUACCAGGAGGACUGAUUCGGAAUUGUUGUCUGGAAAAAUGUGGCUGAAACGGUGUUUCACACGCAGUUCCAUGGUUGCUUGGAGACCAGGAAGAAUGCUGGGAUGUAGAAUGUGGAUCCUCUUCAUCCUUGUCCAUCUCACAGUGGAUCUGUCUCUUUGUACACCAGCAGGCAAAGGGCUCACCCUCAAACUACUGCCCAGAUCAGUGCCCCGCCGGCAGCUGCACCCUCUGUCCACUCGGGACACGCUCACCGGCCAGCACUUGAGGACUCUGGGUGUCUUGCAUCGUGGCAUUCCCCCUCCCUUGCCAUCACUAGGCAAUCAUGGGGAGCUGUGGGGCACCAAAUUGUGGGGGCGGAAAUACCAUAGGUCACUCAAAAAACGACAACUUUGCGCGGAGUGCCCCUCUGACAAAGGGAAGUCAGUUGCAUUACCAGAGGAGAGUAAAUCUGAUGUAAAUCUGCAUUUAUCUCGCUUACGAAGGCAGCUGAAAGGGAACGGCUUUGACUCCCUGGAGGGGAGGACCACCACAGUGGCAGGAUUUAUUGACUGGGGCCCUACAGGGGCUGACGAGGGGCUUGAGGAGGAGGCGAAAGUGACCCCGAGUCCCACCGCCACCUCUUUAGCCCCUUCCACCACCACAGUUACCGUCACUAGCACUACCACACGCAGCCCCCAAAGGACGUAUGCGGUGAUUACAACUGCACAUCCUAAGAGGCACAGCACCACACAGCCAAGCAACUCCCGAGUGACUGCCAAACCACCGAAACCUUUUGGGGAGACACCAGGUCUGGCUGUUCACCAGAUCAUCACCAUCACUGUGUCCCUCAUCAUGAUCGUUGCAGCCUUGAUCACUACUCUAGUCCUUAAAAACUGUUGUGCGCAGUCCGGGAAUGGCCGACACAGCAGCCAUCAGAGGAAGAUCAACCAGCAAGAGGAGAGCUGUCAAAACUUGACCGACUUCACGCCCGCCCGUGUGCCCAGUAAGGUGGACAUCUUCACCGCCUACAACGACAGUUUACAGUGCUCGCACGAGUGUGUGCGGGCCGGCAUACCGGUGUACACGGACGAGAUGAUUCAGCACACACCCAUCUACAAGACCUCCUACAAUGGAAACAGACCGUCGCCCACUGAAAGGCAGCUAAUCCCUGUGGCCUUUGUGUCUGAGAAAUGGUUCGAGAUCUCCUGUUGAGGCCCUUUUACUACCUUUGGGUUGAGCCCACGUCUUCAAUUUGUGCCCUGGAUCUCAUUGGAAAACCUGUGAAUCAAACACAAAAGACUAAAACACAAUAAAGCAAAACAAAACCACAAGAACAACAACGACAAGCAAUUACAGAGUUGGGAAGCGAGACGAACAGGCAGUCCUGUCGGAUCUCUCUAGAAGCAGACUGAAGAUGUUUAUUUUUCUAGACUGAUGCAGUGCUAUGGAUACCACUCCCAAAUUAUUUUCCAUAGACGUGAUCAUUUUAGAGAUGAUACACCUAGAGCUGAUAUAUUAUAUACGUGUAUUACUGCACAUGUGGGGUGUGCUGGAGAGGAGGGGCUGCGGGGACGCUCUCUGACACGAUACGUCUGCUUGUGUGGAGAAAAGACUCUCCUGAACUUUGUGCCAAUAAUGCCAUUAUGUGCCACUACAUAUAUAGAUGGGACGCGUUCAGUUUCGUGGAAAAUUACAGACACAUCAAGUAAUUUCAGUGACUGUCUCCCAAUAUCAAUCUGUCGUCCGUUUUUGUAUAAAAAGUAUGAAUAUGUAUUUGAAAUAUGUUUUGAAAUAGCUGAGGAAAUGUGUUACAAAUGUCCAAAAAAUAUUUAUAUGGAGCACUAUUCAUUUAGAGAAAAAAAAAAAACUGAACCCAGUGAGGAAUAGUAUAGCCAGGUUUUAAUUUAACUACAUUGUUACUAGGCCCCGUUUUAAAGGAAUAGUCUCUAUUUUUAUACAAACGAUGUUAAAUAUGAGUCAGACAGACCCAAUUCAACUGGACUCUUGGGACUGUUAAUCUGCGAGCGGAGGUUCAAUGAAAAGUAUUUUUAACGCUACCAAACAAUGUGGAAGCCGGAUUCAGUAUUCAUUUACAGCUUAUUUGAUUUGCUAAAGCCAUGCUUCAGACACUUGUUGAGUUUCCUUUUUUUUUUUUUAUCACUGAUGAAAAAUUACGUGUACGGGUUAAUCAUGUUUACGGACUCACAGACCCUCAGAGAGGUGUUGGAUACCCGAAAAUUAUCAGACAAAUGUUAGUUUGUGGGUCGAGCCUAAAUAACACAAUUAUCUAUUAAAACAUUACAAAAUGGCUAAUAAACCUCCUCUAUGCUUUAAUUACAAAACUUAUUUUAAAUAAAUCACCAGACAAUUAUCAGCCUCGUGAAUAGACUCAUAAAGGACAAAAUAUUGUGUUAGCUACUUUUUUUUCGUGCCUAGUAAUUUGUGCCAUCUUGAUUUCAUUUGCGUUUACUUUUAUAUUUAAAUCUGCAACAAAACCAUGAAUGUCCCUUUCAUUGUGUGCUAUGUUUUAAUUUGAGCUAAUCCUUUAUUUUUCAUCGUUUUCCAUAGUUUGAUUUAUUAAAGCAGAACUGACUCAAAGGCAAAUAUUCCAUCAGCAGAAACAGAAACGUAAUUUUAAUAGCAAUCAGAAAUGAGGUAAAAUACAAACAGCAUGAAACUUGCCAAUCAGUUUCAUUUAUUGAUAAAGUCAGCAGUAAAUUAUUACACUUUGGAUUAGUGUGUGUGUGCGAGUGUGUGUGUGUGUGAGAGAAAGACAGUGUGUGUGUGUCUGAAAUCGCAACUCUACUCGAGCAUCACUAGACCAAAGAGCUCCGCUGUGGGAAGCAGUGCAUGAACAGACCAGGACAGUUAUUCUGUACAAGACAAGUAAAGAAAAUAAGAGAGAGGAUAACUGUUAUUUUAUCCCAAACAGAUGUUUAAUGGUUACAAUUACAUAUUGUACAAAGGCAAACACUGUGAACGAGGAAAAUAGUUGUUUGCAAUAGUCUGUCACUAAAGGUGAAAUGUGUUGGAGUAAAUUAAAUCAUAGGUUUUCAGAUGUUCCUCAGAAUGUUUAUAAGCAGUAGAGAAUUGUGAUUCCUGUUUCCAUCUUUGGAAGACAGCAAUACAUAUGAAGUUUUGUCAACUCUUUUCUUUUUUUUUCUCCACAAUUGUCUAUUAUUUAGGACCAAUUUAGGAGAUCAUGUGAACCACACUGGCCAAUCAUGUUAGAUAUUUAGAAAAGUGCUAAUUAUAUACUACACUAAGCUCUGUAUUAUGUACAUGUGUAAAUGUGUUUUCUAUAUAUUUACCUCUAUUCUAUCUUGUGAUUUUUUUAAUCCUGCUUUUCACAGGAUCAUUGGAAAAGUUUGAAACCGUUUUUUUUUGUUUACAUUGCACAAGUCGCUGGAGAGGUUACAGAAAGACAAAUAUACACAAUUUUGUUGUGCCAAGCCUAAAAUAAACUCUGCUGUAGCUGUAGUUCUCCUAAUAAUUAGGAAAUUCCAGGUCAUUUGCAUUACAUUUUAAUACAAGGAAACUUUAUGGGAUGACAUUUGUUCAUUUAGUUUUUUUUUUUUUUUGGGGGGGGGGGGGGUGUAAUUUAAAAACACUUCAGGUGUUUUUCAUUCUCUUUCUCUCAGAGAAUGAAAAUAGCUCCAAACCAUCUCAGUCGAGAGCUAAAUAAACUGAACGUCAAUUAAAAAAACACAAAUAAAUCUGAACAGACGACCCUCUGACUGCCGGCACAAGAGAAGACAUGUCUGGAGUUUGACUGAGUGUGGAAUGUUGAUUUGUUUCUUCAGUCUUGACAGAGCUCAGAAUCAGUUGAACAAAAAUCUGCUGAAUAAAAGGUUAAUUGACUUUGUGCUAAGCCCCGCCUUAAAACAAUACUGACCAAUCCUACUGUACUUUACCAACAGUUUGCCAUAUCAUAAAACAAGCAUAUGGAAGUGUGUUUGAAUAGUUUGAAAUGCAAUUUUAUAGAAAGUAAUAUAAUAUAUUUAUUACAUUAUGUUAUAGUAUAUUAUAUUAUACAAAUUGUGUUAAUAGGUCAGUUUAUUUUGCCUGGAUUUAAUAUUAUUAAAUGAACAUAUCUUUAAAGAAAAAAUGAAGACAGUACUUUUCUUUCUUUCCCACAUAAGAAUAAUGCUUUUAUUUUUUUUAUUUAUUUUUUUUACACAUAUGGACACAUUUUAAAGUCAUGCUUUUUAUGUAUAGCUCCUAUCGUUUCAGAUUGUAGAUUCUAUAAGGAUGGCGAAUGGAACAACAGUACCAAUGGGACACUGGUUAGGGGAACAAAAAAUUGGCCAUUUUCAUUCGUCUGUUACACCUGAAUGUGCUUUCUCAUUCAUUUUGAGUCUAUCAGAACUUUCUCUGAAUGAAACCUGCUGAAUCCAGUGCAAUAUGAUGUUUUAUAUAGCUAUAUAUAUAUAUGAAAAAUACUUCUAAAUCAGAGCCCUCCUCUUUGUUGACAUGUAAAUUACACUGCUUAUUGUAAAGGCUUAUUUUGCCAUGUGUUGUAUUUUUUUGUUUUCAUGUGGUACUAUACUCAGGCAUCAUCUAUCUAUGUUCUUUUAUAAAAGGCAAGUAUCUAAUGUUUACGGAGACUAAUCUUUGUUGGCUUCAGUUCUGUUCGUUUUUUUUUUUUUUUCUUAAGCAACGCACAUUUGCAGAGUCACAUUUCAUGAUGACAGGCUUCAUACGGUGCAGAACGUACUCCUAAACGUCCCCCCAAAAAGCCCAGGGCUGUCAGGAGAGAUUACACAAAAUUCCUCCUUGUGUGACAGAGAUCCGUAAGAACCGUUUAAACUUAUAGAAACCGGCAACUCUUUACUGAGGCUUAGUCAGGGAGUAUCUGAGAUGGUCUUUUGCUUUUGAUUUGCUGCAGGUACAAUUCAUUACAUUGCUCCAUUUUCCAUCCGAAAACAACCUGACACAUGUCCUGUUGUUGCCAUAGAAAUAAAAACUUUGUACUUUGUGUACCUUAACUUUUUAUAUUUGUGUCUUAAUAUAUCGAUGAGUACCUCUUUUUUUCUUUUAUAUAAGAUCUAUGAAUAUAGUACACAACACAAUACAUGAGAAAACACAAAUGAAAACAUACACGGAUGCUGUAUGAUCUAACAGUCUCUGUGUGGAAAUAGUGCUGUGUACUUUUAUUUUGUGUCUUUGAGUCUCUCUCUCUUUCUCUUUUUGUAGGUAUUGGUAAAGUUACAUUUCCAGGUGACAUUGAUUUUGAUUCUUGUUCUAAAGCUCUGUGUUUUGGCCACUGUAAAUGCAGCUGUCAUCAGAAUGAAUCUGUACAUUUAGUACUCUCUCAAGUUGCUAUUAAUAAGAUGUUACAAUGAAAUGGGCUGUCUUUCUAUAAACACCAUCAAAUGUUUGUAAAAUGAUUAUGGGGUGUUAUUUGGACUGGGACAAUGAUAUUGAAAAUAAAAGUCAUUCAAAAAAACAAAAGCAC